AUGGCGAGCGCAUCAAGAAAAGAGAUCAUAGGCAAGGUCUACAAGAUGAUCCCACCUAUGCUCGAAAGCUUCCACAAAGGUCAAUUGGGUCGUGUAGCAGUCAUCGGUGGCAGCGAAGACUACACAGGUGCGCCUUACUUCUCCGCAAUGGCCUCCGCGAAACUGGGUUGCGACAUGUCCCACGUAAUAUGCGAACCUGGCGCCGGCGCCGUCAUUAAAACCUACUCCCCCAACCUCAUGGUUCACCCCUACAUGCGGCAAUCCAAGAAUCUCUCCUCCUCCGAGUCCGUCGACAGCGUCUCCUCUGAGGUCGUCGGCAUGCUUUCACGUCUGCACGUUAUCGUCAUCGGUCCCGGUCUCGGUCGCGAUCAGCUCAUGCAAGAUACGUGCGCGAAGGUCAUUCAGGAAGCGCGGAAACAGGGCAUACCGUUUGUGCUGGACGCAGAUGGUUUGUACCUUGCACAGACGCGGCCGGAGCUAGUCGAGGGCUGCACUGAGUGCAUACUCACUCCCAACGUUGUAGAAUUUGGCCGGCUGGCGAAGGCGAAGGGAGUGAAGGUUGACGAGGGUGAUCCGUCGGAGCUGUGCUCUAAGUUGGCAAAGGCGUUCGGUGGCGUGACGAUCAUACAAAAGGGCGCGAAGGAUUAUAUCUCGAACGGCAAGCACACGCUUGUCUCUGAGGGCGAGGGCGGUUUGAAGCGCUCUGGCGGACAGGGCGACACGCUUACGGGUAGCUUGGCGACGCUGUUGGCGUACAGGAAGGCAUACCACGACAAGAUCUGGGAUCAUGAGGGUGACAUGGAGCCUGCUGAGACGCUGGCAUUGGCGGCAUACGGUGGCUCAGCGAUCACGAGGGAAUGCUCGAGAUUGGCAUUUGCGGAGAAAGGCAGGAGUCUGCAGGCUGGCGAUUUGACCGAGCAUGUGCACCAGGCGUUCUUAAACGUCGUUGGUGAGAAGGAGAGCAAGUAA